GAUACGAGCGGAUGUUAAUUCGAAUGAAAAUAAUGUAUUUUCUUUGUAAUGGCAAUAGAAUGAUACUAUUUUGUCUUUGUUUACUCGGUGUUUUAGAUUUCAGUUUUUCACAAAAUUCUCAGGGACAAUGCCGAAACGAAGGAGAUCCUACAAUAUUGUCCUGUUGUCUGAACUACAUAGACGUAGGCGGAAAAUGUAUAGCCUGUCCGUCUGGGACUAUGGGGAUUAACUGCUCCAAAAUCUGUCCUGAUGGCUUUUAUGGUCAGUUUUGCCUGAAGAAAUGUUAUUGUGAUCACACACAGCGCUGUAGUAAGGCCAGAGGAUGUGUGUGUAAGGGAGAUAACUGCUCCAAGGAUACUGAGAUCGAUUCAAUCAGUGAAAUCAACAUAGUCCCAUGCAAAUCAAACGAAGAGUUCGAUUCAUUCAAUGAAUUAAGCAAAGUGCCAUGCAAAUCAAAUGAAGCUGCUAUAAUUGUACUGGGGCUCAUCAUUGGCUUGCUUCUCAUUUUCAUAAUACCAAUCACAGUACAGUUUUACAGAAUAAAGUGCAAAGGCAACACAGCAAGACCAGUACAUGCUUACAUGGAUACAGAUUUAAAAGCGGAAAGCAAACCUUUGCAUUUUUACGAAGAUAUGAAAAUGAAAGAGCCAAACAUCAUGACAGGAUCAUAUGACGAACACUAUUUAGAACCAGUGCAGUCUUCUGGACUACAGAGAAAGAAUACUGGACACAAACAGAUCGGAACUGGAAUUAACAGCACGAAUUAUUCAAAAAUAAACGAAGAAGACAUUGUGAGUGAAUUACCAGAUGAAGUUGGUUCUGUGCAGGCAAAUACCAUAAAAUCGAGGCCUGUGGUGUCAGCAACCAAGGAAUAUGAACACUCUUACCUGGACAUGACAAGUAAGCCAAAGGAAACCUACCUAGAGGUCAUAAGUACAAAACAACCGAAAUUACAGUUUAACCACAACACAUCGGACUGUGUAGACGCAGGCCCACUGAGUCAGGAAAAAUUAUACGAAUGAAGACAAGUCUAACAUUUCAUAAAGGAAGUUACUUACGAAUGAAAAAGCAUCUUAUGCAAAGUGCCCACUAAUAUAUGCGUUAUCAAUAAUUGUGACCGGCUUUGGAUGAUCACAGUUGAAUCUAAGUGAGGCAUGAGGCAAAUGUAACUAUUAGCGCACACAUGUCGCGACGGACUACUUUUAUUUAAUUUUGUAAUGAUAGCUUCAUGUAAAUCUAUCAUAAAAUAUACUAAGGAAUUUUUAAUUUAUUUACUUUUAACAUUUACUUUAUGACAUCAUAGACAGCUUAGUUUUUUUAAAAAUA